CACCCAUCGGUCGCAUAGGUGUCUGAACGGGGCACCCGAUUCUCCCAACAGGAAGGCCUCGACGCUCGGAAAGCGGAAGCGCGCUUUAACGUCAUGGCAUCCACCAAGGUUCCGUUCAUGUCUGGUCUCAAUCAACGAGGUUCGUGAGCAUCACGUUACAGCCACCUCGCACAAAGCUUACAUCUCUAGCUUCGUACGAACGCUGUGGUGGUGAGGUGGCAGAAGACGCGCAGGACCACGUGAAUGUGGAGGACAAGCGCAAAAGCUUGAUGAAGCUACAGAGCGCCUUUCACGAUGGAUACAACUGCAUCAGUCCUGCUGAUCGCAGUGCAGUAGAGGUAUUGAUGCAAAUGACGACCGGUUGCGUCAGGUCACCGACGGUGUUCGGCGUUGACUCUAGUACUCUGAGCUCGCGACCUGCCGGCGAAACAGUGAAUCCCUCAAACCAUGCGACACCACCAAACUACGACUGCAAGCUUCAGCAGCAGUCGCAAAAUCAACUGCCAGAGUUGCCGAGUUCAAACGUUGAGACAAAGAGUCUGGGUGUGAACCGAGUGAUGGAGCCGGCAGACGAUUCGGAAGUCCCACACAAGACGCCGUCGCCCAGUCUUGGGCGCGUUAUUUACGAAGGAGCUGAGAAGUCAGAAAUAGUACCAGUCAUCUCGGAUCCAAUCGCCACCGAUGACACUGACAGAAUCCGGGAAAAGGCUCAUAUGCGGGACGGACUAAUUGGGCCAUUCCAAAAGCUACACAGCCAAGUGGCGUGGAUUCAACAUAAAUUCACAGAGCUUGAGCAGGAAAAUACUCACUUGGAAAAGGAAAAUGCUGACUUACACGAACGUAACGCUCGUUUAAAAAGGAAUGCGGAUCGUUUAGAAAGGCGGGUGAAAUACUUGAAACGCCGCAAAGCUUCACUUAAAAGUGCACUCGCGGUGUUACAAGCAGAGAAGGGGGGGCCGUGCUUCGUUGAACGGGAGAGGUCUUUUGAUAUCUGCAGUGAAUGAUAACAGAGGAUGGUCUUUGCGGGGCUAUGUUGAGGGAG